AUGCCUCUGGCUCAGUCUUGGUUUCAACUGUCAGUUUAUUGGUCCAUUAAAGGUCUGCCACCUCUUUCCAUCUCUGUCUCUCAGGGUCUUGACGAGGAGGCCAUCGUUGACCUCGGGAAGACCAGCUCCACCACCCACACCAACUAUGAGACGGAAGAGCUGGAGAGCCACAGGGCGGUCUACGUCGGGGUCCAUGUGCCCCUGGGCCGGGAGAGCAAACGCAGGCACCAUCGCAGAGGCCACAAACACCACCGCAAGAGGCGGGAGCGGGAGGAGGACCAUGAAGAGGAGGACCGUGAGGACCCCACUUAUGACACGCCCUCCCAGCGGGUGCAGUUCAUCCUGGGUACGGAAGAUGACGACGUGGAGCACGUCCCCCACGACCUGUUCACCGAGCUGGACGAGCUGUCCUUCAGGGACGGGAGCGCCACCGAGUGGAAGGAGACAGCCAGGUGGCUGAAGUUUGAGGAGGAUGUGGAAGAUGGAGGGGAGCGUUGGAGCAAGCCUUACGUGGCCACCCUGUCUCUACAUAGCCUGUUUGAGCUGAGGAGUUGCAUCCUCAACGGAACCGUCAUGCUAGACAUGAGGGCCACCUGUAUCGAGGAGAUUGCAGACAUGCUGAUUGACAGCAUGGUGGCGUCAGGCCAGCUGCAGGAGGAGCUGUGUCAGAAGGUGCGAGAGGCCAUGUUGAAGAGACACCACCAUCAGAACGAGAGGAAGCUCAGCAACCGCAUCCCGCUGGUGCGCUCAAUCGCAGACAUAGGCAAGAAACAUUCAGACCCGUUGUUGCUUGAGAGACACGGGGAGGGCCUCUCUGCCUCCCGCCACUCCCUGAAGCCGGGGGCCUCCGUCUCCAACCUGUCCCAGAGGCGAGAGUCCCGGGUCUCCGUCCUCCUCAACCUCCUCCUGCCUAACUCCUCCUCCUCCACCUCCGCUGGGGGGCCAUCCCCCGGACCCUCGCCCCUCACCACCCCCCAGAACACCCCCCCUACUCCCCGCCGCUCCCCAGACCCUCCCCGUGCCCCUGGCCCCGCUCCGGUCCCCCAGGCCAUCCCGGAGGUGGUGGUGUCACCGCCUGAGGAUGACGAGUCGCCACCCACCGACAUUACAAACGAUGAGGAGGCGUAUACCAAUCGGCAACCGUCGCUGCAGACUAAAGGGCUCCAGCAGCUGCCCUUAGAAGGGCCACUGAUGUCCACGCACUCUGUCCCCAGUAACCUGGAUAGCAGCAGCAAGACUGGAGACAGGAGGCCCUCCAGAGCUGGGGUGGACAUGAACUUCAUGAAGAAGAUUCCUCCGGGCGCCGAGGCGUCCAACGUGCUGGUAGGGGAGGUGGACUUCCUGGAGAGGCCCAUCAUCGCCUUCGUACGCCUGUCCCCCGCCGUCCUCAUCACAGGGCUCACGGAGGUGCCCGUGCCCACCAGGUUUUUGUUUCUGCUGCUGGGUCCACACGGUAAAGGCCCUCAGUACCAUGAGAUUGGCAGAUCCAUGGCCACACUGAUGACAGAUGAGAUAUUCCAUGAUGUGGCGUACAAGGCCAAAGAUCGGAUGGACCUGCUGUCUGGGAUAGAUGAAUUUCUGGACCAGGUGACAGUCCUGCCCCCAGGAGAAUGGGACCCCUCGAUACGAAUCGAACCCCCCAAGAACGUCCCAUCGCAGUUGAAGAGGAAGAUUCCCUCGCAGCCCAACGGGUCGCCCUCACCCUCUGGGGAGAUGUUGAAGGAGGAGGACGAAGGCCACGGAGCUGGGCCCGAGCUGCAGAGAACCGGACGGAUCUUUGGAGGCCUGGUGAUGGAUAUAAAGCGGAAGGCCCCGUUCUACUGGAGCGACAUCCGGGACUCGUUGAACCUGCAGUGUCUGGCCUCCAUCCUGUUCCUCUACUGCGCCUGCAUGUCCCCUGUCAUCACCUUCGGAGGGCUGCUGGGCGAGGCCACUAAGGGAAACAUAAGUGCCAUAGAGUCUCUGUUUGGGGCAUCCCUCACAGGAGUGGCCUUCUCUCUGUUUGCGGGGCAGCCCCUCACUAUACUGGGCAGUACGGGGCCUGUCCUAGUUUUCGAGAAGAUCCUCUUCAAGUUUUGCAAGGACUACGGCCUGUCCUACCUGUCUCUGAGGACCAGCAUCGGCCUGUGGACGGCCUUCCUCUGCCUGGUCCUGGUUGCCACGGACGCUAGCUCCCUGGUCUGUUACAUCACCCGCUUCACAGAGGAGGCCUUCGCCGCUCUCAUCUGCAUCAUCUUCAUCUACGAGGCCCUGGAGAAGCUCUUCCACCUGGGGGAACACUACCCAGUCAACAUGCACAACGAGCUGGACAACCUCACCCUCUACUCGUGUCAGUGUUCUCCACCGGCCAACGCCUCCACUGAGAUCUUGCAGACGUGGAACCAGACAGGACACACACCAGACACUAUCUCCUGGAACAGUCUCAACGUAUCGAUGUGUAACCUGCUCCAUGGAGAGUUUGCUGGUCCUGCCUGUGGUCACCACGGACCCUACAUCCCAGAUGUCCUCUUCUGGUCCAUCAUCCUCUUCUUCACCACCUUCUUCCUCUCCUCCUUCCUCAAGGAGAUCAAGACCGAGCGAUACUUCCCUACAAUGGUACGCUCCACCAUCAGUGACUUUGCCGUGUUUCUGACCAUCAUGAUCAUGGUGCUGGUGGACUAUCUGAUGGGCAUCCCCUCUCCUAAACUCAACGUACCCGACCGCUUUGAGCCUACCUCCAAGCAUCGCGGCUGGCUGAUCUCCCCGCUGGGCACCAACCCCUGGUGGACCCUGCUGGUGGCGGCGCUGCCCGCUCUGCUCUGCACCAUCCUCAUCUUCAUGGACCAGCAGAUCACCGCCGUCAUCAUCAACCGCAAGGAGCACAAGCUCAAGAAAGGCUGUGGCUACCAUCUGGACCUGCUGGUGGUGGCGGUAAUGCUGGGGGUUUGCUCCAUCAUGGGCCUGCCCUGGUUCGUAGCCGCCACCGUGCUCUCCAUCUCCCACGUCAACAGCCUCAAGGUGGAGUCGGGCUGCUCGGCGCCAGGAGAACAGCCCAAGUUCCUGGGCAUCAGAGAGCAGAGGGUCACCGGCUUCAUGAUAUUUGUCCUCAUGGGCUGCUCCGUCUUCAUGACCUCCGCACUCAAGUUCAUUCCUAUGCCGGUGCUGUACGGGGUCUUCCUCUACAUGGGAGCCUCUUCACUCAAAGGCAUUCAGUUCUUUGACCGUAUCAAGUUGUUUGGUAUGCCAGCCAAGCACCAGCCUGACCUGAUCUACCUGCGCUACGUUCCCCUGUGGAAGGUCCAUGUUUUCACCCUGGUGCAGCUCACCUGCCUCAUACUGCUGUGGGUCAUCAAGGCCUCCGCGGCCGCUGUCGUUUUCCCCAUGAUGGUGCUGGCCCUCGUCUUCAUUCGGAAGCUUCUCGACUUUUUCUUUACCAAGAGGGAGCUCAGCUAUCUGGACGACUUGAUGCCCGAGAGCAAGAAGAAGAAAGAGGAUGACAAGAAGAAGAAGGAGAGGGAGAAACGGGUAACAGACAGUAGCACUUUAAAGCCAUUAGCUUUAUUGCUCAUUGAAGAACAGGUGGGCGCGAACGCUGUGAAGGUCCAUUAUGACGGUGGGAACCUGCUCAAGAUCCCAGUCAAAACGUUCUCAGGGAGAUCGUACAGAAUAAUCGCUCAUACCCUCCCAGUGGAUGAAGAGGCGGUAGGGGUGGGUGUCUGA